AGGUUUUAGAGAGAAAAAAAAACACUUUAUAAUCUUCUAUCGUCUUUCUCUUCUUUUUUUCAUACUCUCGCUUAGGGUUUUAAGCUUAGGGUUUCCCAUUCCCAUUCUCUCUCUCUCUCUUCCCAAACAACCAUGGAUAGGUACCAGAAAGUUGAGAAGCCUAAACCUGAAUCUCCCAUCAACGAGAAUGAGAUCCGAAUCACUACCCAAGGCGCUAUCCGAAACUACAUCACCUACGCCAGUUCCCUUCUUCAGGAAAAGCAUGCAAAGGAGAUUGUCUUGAAGGCAAUGGGACAAGCAAUCAGCAAGACAGUUGCCAUUGUAGAGAUUUUAAAGAAGAGGAUUGCGCUGCACCAAGAGACUGCAAUCAGUUCAGUUAGCAUAACAGAUGUGUGGGAACCCAUUGAGGAGGGUCUUGUACCUGUGGAAAUGACUCGACAUGUCUCUAUGAUCUCAGUCACUUUAUCAACUAGAGAACUAAACAAAAACUCUCCUGGUUAUCAAGCUCCAUAUAAUGUGGAACAACCAAAGCCACACUUCAAUUAUCAGCAGCAAGCUAUAAAACCUGCACAUGGUCCUUAUGAUGCUGUAAAUGAAGUCUCGUAUGGCCGAGGUCGAGGUCGUGGUAGGGGUAGAGGGAGAGGAAGGAAUUGGGGAAGGGGUGGUUAUGGAUAUCAAGGUGGUUAUGGAAAUUAUCAAGGUGGAUAUGGGUAUUACCAGGGUGGAUAUGCAAAUUAUCAAGAUAAUGGUGGGUAUUCAAAUCGUGGCCGAGGGGGUGGGCGUGGAAGAGGUUGGGGGUAUCGUGGUUAUGAAGGUGGCAGAGGAGGUUAUGGUGGCAGAGGUGGAGGUGCAGGUUACGAAGGUGGCAGAGGUGGAGGGGGUUCUGGUUAUGAAGGUGGUAGAGGUUCUGGUUACGAAGGUGGCAGAGGUGGAGGUGGUUCUGGUUAUGAAGGUGGUAGAGGUUCUGGUUACGAAGGUGGCAGAGGUGGAGGUGGUUCUGGUUACGAAGGUGGCAGAGGUUCUGGUUACGAAGGUGGCAGAGGUUCUGGUUACGAAGGUGGCAGAGGUGGAGGUGGUUCUGGUUAUGAAGGUGGCAGAGGUGGAGGUUAUGAAGGAGGCAGAGGUGGAGGUUAUGAAGGAGGCAGAGGUGGAGGAGGUGCUGGUUAUGAAAGAGGCAGAGGUGGAGGCAGGGGAUAUGGCCGUGGUAGAGGACGAAUGGGUGGACGAAUGGGUGGACGUUCAAGGGGUGGUGGCAACCAGGCAUGAUAGCAAUGGAUGCUAUUGAUUCUUGCUAAAUGCUUGCCUUGACCAGUGCGGUUAGUGUUUAUUAGAAUGCUGUGUUGAUAGUGUGAUGUGGCUCAUGAUCCUGCAUUAUUAAGCAGUAUUUUAUGUUUUGUCAUGAAAUUGAUACGGGGCAAGGUUUUGUUCAUCUUUAGAUUUAGCUGGAAAGCAUCUUGGUUUUAUGAUUGCUGUAAUUCAUUUCAACUUUUAUGGUUGCCAACACCAUAUUUUUAUCUGUAUCUGGUUUUUAUAUGGUUUUUUUUAAUCAA